GGCUGCUCUGUGUGCGAGAAGAAUACUUUCCGUCAGCCUGGUGCAUCUGUCUGGCUUCUGCCACUGACAUGGAUUUAAUCGCUCCAUCACCGGCUGUUGUUGCUUCAUGGAGUGGAGCGCCCUCCACCGGACAUGAGAGACAGACCCACGCGACAAACAUGAGGAGCGCAGCCAAGCCCUGGAGUCCAGUCACCAAAGUGGGGAGCCAUGGCAGUGACCGCGCGCGGCCCCUUCCCACAGCCUCCUCUGGCAUGAAGAGUUCUAAGUCUUCAACCUCGCUGGCGUGUGAGUCCCAGCUCAGCAAGCUCAAGAGGGCCAGCAGCGAGGACAUGCUCAACAAGCCGGGAAGUACCACCGCUUCCGCGGUAGUUCGACUGAAAAAGACUUCAACAGCCGGAACCAUCUCCGAGCUCACUGAGAGCCGCCUGAGGAGCCACCCAGGGUCUGCGACAACCACCAAACGGACAGGCAUUCCAGCUCCUCGAGAACUUUCGGCAACUAUCUCAAGAGAGAGAACUGUGCCACGUGGUCCCACCAACCCAAAGAAAUCGGUGUCUAGUCCAACUUCUUCCAGCACACCCACCCCUACCAAGCACCAGAGGACCACUUCCACAAGACCCAGGCCAGAGAAUGAAGGGGGAGAAAAGGCUCUGCUCGAGUCCCAAGUUCGGGAGCUUUUGGCAGAGGCCAAAGCAAAAGAUAGUGAAAUUAACAGGCUUCGAAGUGAACUAAAGAAAUGCAGGGAGAAAAGGACUCUGAACACUGCAGGAACCGACACUUUGGACCCAAAGAUGGAUGGAACAUCAGUCUCAGCAGGUGACUCUGAACCGUUGAUACAAGCUCUGGAGGAGAAGAACAAGAAUUUCCAGAAAGAGCUUGCUGAUCUAGAGGAAGAAAACCGGGCCUUGAAGGAGAAACUGCGUUAUUUUGAGCAUUCACCAAAUUCAGAAGCGGGGUCCAGUCACACUGCUGAUAGCAGCUGUCCCACAUCCCUCACCCAAGAGUCAAGCUUCGGAAGCCCGACUGGGAAUCAGAUGUCAGGUGAAGUAGAUGAAUAUAAAAAACACGCCCCCCAAAACGUAUUACGGACGUCGGGCUCUUCAAGCAGCGAUGUUACCAAAGCUUCUUUGUCACCGGAUGCCUCCGAUUUUGAGCACAUCACAGCAGACACCCCCUCUCGGCCCCUGUCUUCCACAAGCAACCCCUUUAAGAGUUCGAAGUGUUCUACCACUGGGAGUUCCCCUAACAAUGCGAGUGAACUGUCCCUGGCUUCCCUUACGGAGAAGAUACAAAAGAUGGAAGAAAACCAUCAUAGCACAGCAGAAGAACUGCAGGCUACUUUACAGGAAUUAUCAGACCAGCAACAAAUGGUGCAGGAAUUGACAGCUGAAAAUGAGAAGCUGGUGGAUGAGAAGACGAUUUUGGAAACUUCCUUUCAUCAGCAUCGGGAGAGGGCAGAGCAGCUCAGUCAUGAGAACGAGAAGCUGAUAAAUCUCCUCCAAGAGCGAGGGAAGAAGGAGGAGCCCGGCACGCAAGCAGGAAAGGUCCUGGAGCUGGAGCAGAAGCGCACGGAAAUCCUGGAGCAGGGCCGCUGCGAACGGGAGAAACUGCUCAGCAUUCAGCAGCAGCUGACCUGCAGCCUGCGGAAGGCCGAGGAGGAAAAUCAAGGGGCUGUAGAGACAAUCCAACACCUGAAGGAAGAGAACGAAAAACUGAACGGGCUUCUAGAACUGGAACGGCAGAACAGUAGUGUGAUGGCCCAAACUCUGGAAGAGCGUACAGUUACCUUGGAAGGACUGAAGAUUGAAAAUGGGUCUUUGAAGGCUUAUUUGGAGAAUGAGAAGCAAAAAGGUAUAGAGACCAGUUCUAUGGGGCAGACGGCAGAGGGCUGUGAAAUUCAAGAAAUGUUGAAAGUAGCUCGAGCUGAGAAAGAUCAGCUGGAACUGUCUUGCACUGAGCUCAAACAAGAAUUACUAAAGGCACAUGGUGAAAUUAAACAUGUUUCAAGUCUACUAGCCAAGGUGGAGAAGGAUUAUUCUUACUUGAAGGAGAUAUGUGAUCAUCAAGCAGAACAGCUGAGCAGAACCAGCCUAAAACUACAAGAGAAAGCGUCAGAGAGUGAUGCAGAGAUUAAAGACAUGAAGGAAACCAUAUUUGAAUUGGAAGAUCAGGUGGAACAGCAUCGAGCUGUCAAGUUACAUAAUAAUCAGCUCAUCAGUGAGCUAGAGAGCAGUGUGAUGAAGCUGGAGGAACAGAAAGCAGACCUGGAGAGGCAGCUAAAGACUCUGACUAAGCAGAUAAAGGAGGAGACCGAGGAGUGGAGGCGCUUCCAGGCGGACCUGCAGACGGCGGUGGUGGUGGCCAAUGACAUCAAGUGUGAGGCCCAGCAGGAGCUGCGCACUGUGAAGAGGAGGCUGCUGGAGGAAGAGGAGAAGAACGCGAGGCUGCAGAAGGAGCUGGGGGACAUGCAGGGCCAUGGCAGACCUGUGCGUGCAGAGUCGGAGCCCCAGGCUGAUGCCCCCGGCCGCUGGCCCGGCAUCUUUGCCAGCAGAGCCUCCGCAGCGCCUUUGGAGCCCGCGACCACCGUGAAGUCCCUUAUCAAGUCCUUUGACUUGGGACACCCAGGUGGAGCUGGACAGAAUGUUUCUGUCCAUAAGCCCCCCAGAAGCCCCUUGAGCGGAAUACCAGUGAGGACGGCCCCAGCGGCCGCUGUUUCUCCAAUGCAGAGGCACUCAACCUACAGCGGCGUUCGCCCAGCCAGCAAAGGAGUGGCCCCGCGCUUGGACCUUCCCGACCUGCCCCUCUCAGGUCUUCUAAAGGGAAGAACUGACGACCUGAAGCCAGACCCUUACCUCCGCAAAAGCCCCUCCCUGGAGUCGCUGAGCAGACCCCCGGCCCUGGGCUUCGGAAGCACGAGGCUGCUGAGCACGUCCACCGGGGGCUUGAGGCCACACAGCAAACUCAGUGUUUGCUGUUAUAAGAAGUGCUGCUGUUGUUACCAGAGAUUGGACUUCGGUUCAGGAACCUCGGUACUUGAGUUCUGGCUAAGAAAGAAUUCAGAGCCAAGACUCAAACUGUGUGCCCUUUCAGGGUCAUGGUCUCCACUGAUGGGUUGGCACCAGGGCAAGGGGUCAUUUGUCAUUGUAGCUGGUCCUAAGUGUGGAAAGGAGAGACCCUCUGGCUGCGCUGGCCCGGGAGUACGGCGGCUCGAAGCGCAAUGCUCUGCUGAAAUGGUGCCAGAAGAAGACAGAAGGCUACGCGAACAUCGACAUCACCAACUUCAGCAGCAGCUGGAGCGACGGCCUGGCCUUCUGCGCGCUCCUCCACACCUACCUGCCUGCCCACAUCCCGUACCAGGAGCUGAGCAGUCAGGAGAAGAAAAGGAAUCUCUUGUUGGCAUUUGAAGCAGCUGAAAGUGUAGGCAUUAAGCCCAGCCUGGAGCUCAGCGAGAUGCUGCACACAGACCGGCCGGACUGGCAGAGCGUCAUGCAGUACGUCGCCCAGAUCUACAAGUACUUCGAGACCUAAGCCUGCGGGGCCCGCCAGCCGCCACCUGCCAUCGUCCCGGAAGCCCCGGUCACUCCACAGGCCCUGCUUUCACGGCCACAGCCUGGCCGCUGGGUUUCAAAGGAAGGUUCCAUCCAGCGGUCCAACUGACAAAUGAGACAGAGCUGGCUGCACCGCGCACCCACCUUGAAUUGAGAUGCAUUUGGGGUGUGAGUUGGGGAAGCUUUGCUCUCCCAGGGCCUCCCUCCUUCCAGACCCAGGAGACCCUAGGGUGGCAUGUGCAGCUGUGUGGCCUCCCCUGGAGCCGCCCUGAGAUUGACAGGGACAACCGGCACUUCCUGCCAGUCCCCUCGUUACCAGCGUCCCGGCUUUGGCCUUUAAAAAAACCUUGCCCUUCUACCCACCCACUCCCUCCAAAAACAGCCAACAAAAGAUAAGCAUUUGUAGCCUGGAACACGUGAACCCUGCCGUCUGGGGUACGCUUAUGGUCUAGGUAUCAGCGGCACAGCUAGGCCUUGGUCACAGUUUGAGACCACUGUCCUGCACAUGCUGUGUGGAUGGAAGAUGGUCAUGGGAGAAUGAGAAGGAGCCCCUGGGUAGCUCGCUUCACUGUCCCUGUGGGGGCCUCCAGGUGGGCUCUGGCUCUCCGGGCGGCGGUGCAGGUGGGAGCCUGGCUCUCCGGGCGGCUGUGCAGGUGGGAGCCUGGCUCUCCGGG